AUGGCUCAUCAUCAUCAAGACGCGACCGACUUCCUCCCUAUGGACCCAACGGUCCCCGCCAACUACGACAAAGAUCUCGAAGGUGGUAAAGGUACCACUGAACACGUCGAGAAUGCUUCUAUCGAUGGUAAACGACCCACUGAGAGAGACAUCCAAUACGAUGGUGGUGACUCGGUCGAAAAACCACGAACUGGUCUGCGGAAAUUACUCAGACGGAACCCCUCUGUCGAAUUCAUGAGAGAAGUCGCCGAAGCCAAUGAAACUGAACUUGACCCGUAUGAAGUGAAAAGGGUUGAGCGAAAGCUAUACUGGCUGAUCGUUCCUGCCUUGUUCAUCGAUUAUAUCUUCUACUAUAUCGAUAAAACUACCUUAUCUUACGCUGCUCUCUUUGACUUUAAAACAGAUCUCCACCUCAAAGGUGCCGAUUACAAUAAUCUUUCCUCCAUUUUCUACAUCGGUUGGUUAGUCUGGGCUAUCCCAGGUAACUUGUUGCUCGCAAAAUUCCCUUUGGCCAAAUACCUCUCUAUCAACAUCUUCCUUUGGGGUGUUUUCUUGAUGGUUCAAGCGUCCUCCAAAGACUAUGGAGACAUGGUAGCGUUCCGAUUUGUUUCAGGAAUGUUUGAAGCUGUAGCCGAUCCUUGUUUCGUCGCCAUUACCGGUAUGUGGUUCACCAGAAGACAACAACCAACAGUCAUUGGAUAUUGGUAUGCCGGAAACGGUGUUGGAAUUGCCUUGGGUGGUAUCCUUGGAUACGCCAUUGGUCACAUCGGCGGUUCUCUCGCUUCAUGGAGAUACGAAUUCUUGAUCAUCGGUGCCGUCUGUUCCAUCUGGGCAUUAGUUAUGGGAUUCCUUAUUCCCGAUUCUCCUCACACUGCAAAAUGGCUCACCCGAAGAGAAGCCGUAAUCACCAUGUCUAGAAAGAGACACGAUCACCACACUGUUGAGAAACGUCAACUCAAAUGGGAUCAAGUAAAAGAAACCGUUCUAGACGUGAAGAUCUACCUCUACUUCCUCUUGGGUUUCUUUGCAAACGUCCCCAAUGGUGCCACCUCCAACUUUGGUACUCUCGUCAUCAAAGGUUUCGGCUUCAGCACGCUCAAUGUGACCCUUCUCCAGAUCCCGUACGGAACUUUCAUUGCAGUGAUGAUCCUCUUAGCUAUCUAUGUCAACCACAAGACUCACUAUCUUAACAUCCGAACUCUCCUCAUGGCUGGCGUCACUGUUCUUACCGUUCUCGGUUUCGCAUUAAUGGCAUUCACCAAAGGUAUCGCACCUCGACUUAUCGGAUACUACCUUACUGGAUCUUCCAACUCUGUAUUCGUCCUCGCCCUUUCUUUGGUCAGUGGUAACGUCGGAGGUACCACCAAAAAGGUAUUGGCCUCAGCAGCUAUUUUCUUGGGUGUCGCUGUCGGAAACAUUGUCGGACCUUACUCUUUCCUCGCUUCCGAAGCACCAGUUUACAGGACAGGUAUCAUUGUCUGUAUGGCUUCUCGAGCAGCCGAAAUCGUUGUCAUUCUUGCCCUUAGAGUCUGUUUCGUAAUCCCCAACAGAAACAGAGACAGGAAAUUCAACAAUGGAGACGAAAGAUACAACCCCGACGUCCAAGUCUUCGUCGAUCUCACCGACAAACAAAACUUACAUUUCAGAUAUGUUGCAUAA